UUGUGCAGAUUCAUGGCAGCUGAAACACUCAACGCUUCUCCAGCCCUGGUUUACUGUGAAGGACCGUGGUGACACUGUAGAACUCGGGCAACCCGAUCCGAUCAUAUAUCUGUCUGUGCAAGACGAGGGUGUAAUUUAUUUACAGCAUGUGCAUCUACUCAGCUUUUGGCGCCCAGUGCUUUCCUCACUGACUCGACGCUCGAAAAGCACUUUUAUUCUUCACAGCUCAAUGCUAGCUUUCACACUCUGACACCUGGCUCUCUGCUACCUGGCUUUCUGGGACUUCAGCUCCACCACAGAAGCUGUAGCAUGUUUGCUUUCAUGGCGAGCGAAGCUUAGGAAGAGGCCUGGAUCGGGCCAGACAGCUGCCUCUCUGGAACUGAGGCUAGCUCUUGUGUGAGGAGUCUACAAAGGGAAUAUCUGUCUGUGUGAAAUAUGAGGGACAAAGCAGAUCGGCUCUGUCUGCUGCUGCUUCUGUCUCUCCAGACAGCUUGUCAGUGUUUCUACCAGCCCUCAACUGAUCACGGAGCAGAACACAAGCUUUUGUAAAUUUUAAAUCCAUCGCGUCGUCUGUUAUAACCUACUAAACUGGCAAUGCAAAGCUGAAACUACACAGACGGAGAAGUGAUUCCACUUUGUGUGGAGGGGGAAGUUCAGAGCAGUGAGCCGGCCCCUUCUCUGGACCGUGGGACGGGCUAUGGCCCCCUGACCCACAGUUCCUCCAUCAGCCCCGACACGUUCGACCCCUCGGGGUACGGCCAGACCGCCCAGCCCGGCCCUCAGCGUCCGCGGAGGCCCAAACUCCAGCACUCGCAGUCCAUCCUCCGCAAACAAGCUGAAGAGGAGGCCAUCAAACGCUCACGCUCACUGUCCGAGAGCUAUGAGCUCUCCACUGAUCUGCAGGACAAGCAGGUGGAGAUGCUAGAGAGGAAAUAUGGCGGGCGUUUCAUCAGCCGCCAUGCCGCUCGCACCAUUCAGACAGCGUUCCGCCAGUACCAAAUGAACAAGAACUUUGAGCGUCUCAGGAGUUCCAUGUCAGAGAACCGCAUGUCGCGGAGGAUCGUUCUGUCCAACAUGAGGAUGCAGUUUUCCUUUGAGGGACCUGAGAAAGUCCACAGUUCAUUUUUCGAGGGCAAGCAGGUGUCUCUGACUGACGAGGGCGGUCAGAUGGGACCCAUGGUGCAGACCGAGAGUGGGGACAUGGUCCCUGUGCACAUUGCUGCACCUUCAGCCACGAACGACCUCAGCGAUGCUAUCACAGAGCUUGAGGAUGCUUUCUCUAGACAGGUUAAAUCAUUGGCAGAAUCUAUUGAUGAUGCCCUGAAUUGUCGGAGUUUGCAUGAAGAGGAGGGCCGGCCAGAGCAGGUUCAGGACAUGCAAGUGAAGUUGCCCUACCAGGUGAAACCUGUCCAUGGCGCUGACCGACGCAAGCUUGAUGAGAUGAUGGCUUCCUACAGCGAUGUGACUCUCUUCAUCGACGAGGAGGACCUUUCUCCCCCCAUCCAGCUUACCCACCACUCAGCAGACCCGGCAUCGAGCACCGAGUCCGACCAGCGUGCCCAAUCCGUCAACUCCUCGCAGGAAUACUGGCCCAUAGACAAUAAGGAGGACAAAGUGGACACAGACACCAGCUGCCGGAGCACCCCAUCACUGGAGUGUCAGGAGCCGAGACUUCGUAUGGACCACCUGCCGCUGCUAACCAUCGAACCACCCAGUGACAGCUCGGCGGACAUGAGUGACCGCUCCGAGAUCGACUCGGUAAAGAGGCAGAAUGUUUACGAGCGGACCGUGGCCGGACCACAGGCCAGUCCCAAACACACAGCACACGGUCUACCUCCUAGAGGGCCCUCCCUCUCACGGGAUGAGGAGCCAAUCAGGCACAGGCACCGGCAGCUGGAGAGCCACCUGGCCAUCAACGGGAACCGACAGAGCAAGUCGGAAUCAGACUUUUCUGACGGGGAUAACGACAGCAUCAACAGCACGUCAAACUCCACCGAUACCAUCAACUGCAGCUCAGAGUCAUCGUCACGGGACAGUGUGAGGGAGCAGACGCUCAGCAAGCAGACGUACCACAAAGAGACACGCAACAGCUGGGACUCACCCGCCUUCAGCAAUGACAUCAUCCGCAAACGGCACUACCGCAUAGGCCUCAACCUUUUCAACAAAAAGCCAGAGAAAGGAAUUCAGUACCUGACUGAGAGGGGGUUCGUUCCGGACACACCUGUGGGAGUGGCACACUUUCUGCUUCAGAGGAAGGGGCUGAGCCGGCAGAUGAUUGGCGAGUUCCUGGGGAACCGACAGAAACAGUUCAACAGGGAUGUUCUAGACUGCGUGGUGGAUGAGAUGGACUUCUCAGGGAUGGAACUGGACGAAGCUCUCAGGAAAUUCCAGGCACACAUCAGGGUCCAAGGAGAGGCCCAGAAGGUCGAGCGCUUAAUCGAGGCUUUCAGCCAACGCUACUGCAUCUGCAACCCAGGAGUGGUGCGGCAGUUCCGAAACCCAGACACCAUCUUCAUCCUGGCCUUUGCCAUCAUCCUCCUCAACACAGACAUGUACAGCCCCAAUGUUAAGCCAGAGCGCAAGAUGAAACUUGAAGACUUUGUCAAGAACCUUAGAGGGGUUGACGAUGGUGAGGACAUCCCUCGUGAGAUGCUGAUUGGCAUCUAUGAGCGUAUUCGUCAGAAGGAGCUAAAGACUAAUGAAGACCAUGUGUCUCAGGUUCAGAAGGUGGAGAAGCUCAUUGUGGGAAAGAAGCCGAUUGGUUCUCUUCAUCAUGGUUUGGGUUGUGUGCUGUCCCUGCCCCAUCGCAGGCUAGUGUGUUAUUGCCGUCUGUUUGAAGUACCAGAUCCCAACAAGCUGCAGAAACUCGGCUUGCAUCAGCGGGAGAUCUUCCUAUUUAAUGACCUCUUGGUGGUAACUAAAAUCUUCCAGAAGAAGAAAAACUCAGUGACGUACAGCUUCAGGCAGUCCUUCUCCCUGUACGGAAUGCAAGUGCUGCUGUUUGAGAACCAAUAUUACCCAAAUGGAAUACGGCUCACCUCGGCCAUUCCAGGCGCUGAUGUAAAGGUCCUCAUUAGCUUCAACGCCCCAAACCCUCAGGACCGCAAGAAGUUCACCGAUGACUUGCGGGAGUCCAUCGCUGAGGUCCAGGAAAUGGAAAAGUACCGGAUAGAGUCUGAGCUGGAGAAGCAGAAAGGCAUAGUAAGACCCAGCAUGUCCCAGAGCAUGUCAGGCCUAAAGAAAGAGGCAGGCAACGGAACCAUGAGCCGCGCCAGCCUGGAUGACACGUAUGCCAUGGGGGAGGGGCUAAAGAGGAGCGCGCUCAGCAGCUCCCUGCGUGACCUGUCUGAAGCAGGCAAGCGUGGGCGCCGCAGCAGUGCAGGAUCACUAGACAGCAAUAUGGAAGGCUCCAUCAUUAGCAGUCCUCACCUGCGCCGGAGAGCGCCCUCCUCAGCCCGGGAGUGCCCUUCCCACCCCGGCCCGAACCCCCCAUCCUCCUCCUCCUCCCUGCUGGGAUCGCUCUUUGGCAGCAAGCGGGGAAAGCCUUCAGCGCAAGGCUACCCUCCUCAUCCUCAUCCUCAUCCUCUGCCUCCGCACCACACGGGGCAACCCACUCUCAUUUCCCACAAGCCCCACCCCACCAACCUGCACCACACAGCUCAGGCCCAGAUGGCGGUUGCCCACACUUACCACGGACAGCGCUGUCCACUUCCGCAAAACCCUCCACCGUAUCACCACCAUCACCACUACCACCCGCCCCAGCCUGGGCCUGGGCCCCGCCUCUACCGACAGCACUCAGGCCAUGCCCCCAUCCCGCACACCCACACACACCAUCCUCAGUUCGCUCACCACCACCACCAUCACCGGCACCACAGAGAGCAGCAGCAGCCGGCCAGCUCCAAACCCAAGCACUGUGGCAUCAGCACUGUGGUGUGACCCCGGCUACACUCUGAGCCAUAGAACUUCACAAACACACAGCAGACUUACGGUCACUGUGGGCUGCCGGGGAGCGCCAGGCUCGGUUGGCUUGAAAAGCAGGUUGGACUCAAACUGUGGAGAGGCUUUCUGCUCCGAAAAUGCAGGUUGAACUCUAGCCCCGGAGAGGCUUUUCUGGAGCUUUUCUGAGGUUUAACGUAGCCACGGUCAGGUUUCGGUAGGGGUGAAAAGGUUUAAGGAUUGUGAACCAAACUAUAUGUCCAAAACUAUCCAGACAUCCCUUCUACUUAGUAGAUAUUCAGCGGCUUUAAGAUACAUCCAUUGCUGAUACAGGUGAAAUGCAAACAACCAUAACACCUCUGCAGAUUAGCAUUACCAGGAUGUCUCUGUAGCUCUCUGGAGGCCCUGCAUUGGACUGUGGAGCAGUGGAAUUGUGUUUCUUGGGGUUAUAAAGCUCUAUUGAACAUCUUUAAGAUGCAUUAGAGUGAUGAAACUCCAUUGAACACCUUUAGGAAGAGUUGGAGUGAUGAAGCUCCAUUGAACACCUUUGAGACAAGUUAAGACUGAUGAAGCUCCGUUGAAUAUGUUUGAGAUAAGCUGGCAUCAUGGAGCUCCAUUAAACACCUUUGAGAUGAGUUGGAGUGAAGAAGCUCCAUUAAAAAUCUCAGUUUGUGAUCCAGAUCUAAUCCGUCAGCAUAACAUCAAAAUACAACUCACUGAUGCUCUUGUAGCUGAAUGCAAUCAAAUUCCAGCAGCAAUAGCUCCAACAUCUAUUGGAAAACCUUCUCAGAAGAGCAGAGGCUGGUGUUUAAGGACAAACCUUGUGCUAAUGUCCUUCAUUUUCAGAAAAAAAAAAUGCUGGACAAGCAGGUGUCUAGAUACUUUUGGACAUAUAGAGUAUGAGCAGUGGUUCUCCUCCACAUUCCCCUACCCAGAGGGUCAAAGGCGAUGAGAGACGGGCUUGUUCAGACAAGGCUCCGUGUUUUCCUCACAAUAGCUCAUUGUAAACAGUCUCUAAAGACUUUGUUGUUGUUGUUGUCGUCAUUUCAACACUCUGCCUACAUGUAUCUCCAAGAUGCUAUUUUUAUUUCGAAAGAAGUGUGCGUGUUGCUCAUUGUAGGACGCUUCAUAUUUUUUAUGAGCCUGAACAUGCUCUCCUCCUCCUGGAUGGCUAGCAGGCCCAGCUGAACGACCGAGCUGCCAGUCACGAGAGCAUAGUCAUCCUAAUACUGUAUUUAUUGUGGAUAACAGCUUUAUUUGUUGUCCUAGCAAUCAUAUAUAAAUGUGCCAAUAACCAUUGCAUAUCUACUCAGUCAAAUGCUCUGCUCUGUGUAUACUGUAUUGUGUGUAAUAGUAUUUAGUAGUGUAAUUGCAUCCAUUGUAAGAUGUUCUAUAAUACUGUAAAAAAUAGACAUAUUCAGAAUUUUUUUUUUUUUAAAUAUUAUGGUCAAAUAUAAGUCAAACGAAAUGGUCACAGGUGCAGUCAAUGUCAGUUGUACCAUAUAUGGUACUGUGCAAAAGUCAGAGACCACCAUUCCUUUAUUUGAUUAUAAUUUUGCCUUUAUUACAGCUUCCAUGCUUUCACUUUUUAAAAAAGUAUAUUUUUUCACAGCUCCAAAGUUCAGUCUUAGAAGUUGGUUGCAUUUUCCGCUUCUCGCAAACCAAGAUAUUCCCAAACAUAUUCAACGAUGGAAGCUUUAAGUGCUGUUUAUCUGAUGGGAAUAGUUUUGGUGGUCUAGCAGAUCUUGCAGGUGGUUGUUAGGAAUCACAUUUUUUCUUUAGAUUUUAAUCAUUGUAUGAACUUUUGGAAGCUCCUGUUUUUUUCACUUACUUUUCCUCUGACUUUCUCCUUCCUUGAACAAGGGGAUUAUCUUCCAUCCAGUCUCCUCAGAAAUAUCUUCUGAAACAUGAAUAACUUGUCCUUAGUAGCUGUUUUGACUAGAAAUUAAAUAAAUAAAGGGUGGUCUCUGACUUUAGCACAGUACUAUUUUGGAACUUUUGAUGCCUUUGCAAUAUUCUCUGAAGCAAUUUUGGAAAACAGAAAGCACGCCCUAAGCAGCCUAGCACAGAUUGUCUAAGCUGGACUGUACAGUUGUUAAGGCUGCUGAAACUAAGCAGUGUGGUGUAGAUAAGGAGUUACUGACCCUCAUGUUUACAAAUGUAAAUGGCUCAGUAAUUGAAAGUAAUUGAAAUUGAAAGCUAACAGACUAUGAACGGUGUAAAGUACAGCAAACCAUGAGCAAAAGGGGCAAACACAGCACUUUUUAUAGAGCUCAAUGUGUGGUAACAAUUCACUGAGCACUUGGACGAUCCUUUUACAUUACACCUUAUACAAAUAUACGAAUUGUUUUCCGAGAACGGGGAAACUGCUAGUGUUUUACUAAAAAGAAGUAAGCUUUCUUUUACAUUUUUCAAAGAAAGUGAUGAAAUCUAAUUUCGUUUUGUUUUUUUGUUUUUGUUUUUUGUUGUUGUUUUUUAGGAUAAGGUUAAGUAAAAGUAGGAUAGAUAGUCAAUGUUUGUCCUGCACAUAUCCUACAGAGUUAUGCACAAACCAUAUGAGGGCCAGUGACUGAAGUAUUUUUCUUUUCUUUGUAUGUGCAAUAUAUUUGUAAUGAUUUUGUGAAGAAUCCCUUCCUGUUAUGCUGAGUGAUGGCAUUUUUUUCCAUAAUUACAAACACAUUACAUUAUUGUAGUGGCUCUCAUAAUUGACCAUUUGCAAAA